AUGGCUUGCAUCAACUCUGUUCCUGCUCCAGAGGAAGACGCAGCCGAUGAUCGUCGUCUAUGGCGUCAAGGGGAAGAAAAUUACAGUCCGAACUUUUCUAGUAAGGAAACAUGGGAACAGCUUCGAACCCAUCACCUGAUGCUUAACUGGAGCAGAGUGGUCUGGUUCAAACAGGGCAUUCCGCGGUUUUCAUUUAUAACUUGGCUGGCUUUUCAAGAUAGACUGGCGACGGGAGCAAGAACCAGAGAUUGGGAAUGUAUCCAACCAUGCAUACUAUGUGGCGAACCAGACGAGACUCGCGACCAUCUGUUCUUCGCUUGUCCUUACUCUUUUGUGGUGUGGUAUGAUCUCGCAGAGUUUCUGCUGGGACCUCGAGUGAAUCCAGACUGGUCUAUCACUAUUGCUUCGCUCCUUUCACCACGCAGGAAGGAGAUCAAUACAUGCCUCCUUAAGCUUAUUCUCCAAGCUACAAUUCACAGUAUAUGGCGAGAGAGGAACAAUAGGCGCCACCAGGGUGAUCCUCUUAGUCCAUCCCAGAUGGUCCGAUUCAUCGAUAAGACCAUAAGGAAUAGGAUAUCUUCUCUUCGCUACCGAAAGCCAGCCUACUACAGUGACAUGAUGCAGCGAUGGCUGCAAAGGACUGUUUCUUCAUAA